AUGGUUCGGUCAUCAUCAGCACGUCAGAACUUGGCAUGGGCCUUCAUUUUCUUGCUCGCUAUGCAAGACGUGCAUGCGGCACGAAACAGCAACCUAGCAGCAGAGCUGGCAUCCCUGUCAUCGCUCUCUGCGGAGGCCAAGCAAGAGUAUGAGGACAAGAAGGCGGCAGUGCUGGCCAGCGGCGCCUUCUCCAUCACCACCAUGUGGGCCAAAGGGGACCCGUCCUCGUCAGCGUGGGCAAACGCCACGGUGCGCUUCGAAUACACCGCUGGCGGCAGUGGGGAGCCGGCGCAGUAUGUGUCCAUGCUGGGCCUGAAUCGCCCCUAUCGCUUGCUGCCGGAUGGCAGCGUCGUCAGCAAGCAGGUGAAGGGCAUGCAGGUGCUGGCCUUUGUGGGUUGGCAAGCCCUUGACACGGACAAGAACCAGUGGGGCCCCAGCAACUAUGAGAAGAACAAGGCCCUGUUCCUCCGCACAGAGAUGAACCCGGCCAUCGGUGUCACCACGUUUGCGUUGAUGCGCCGGUCUGGUGGGCACACAGUCUACCAAAGCAAGAAACCAGGCUCAGAGGCGUACUACUUUGACAGCAAGGGCAAGAUGCAGACGGUUGGGGAUUCCGGCAUCGCCAAGUCGACUCCCGUGCCCGCCGAGCCGCUGAUGAUGAAGAUUGCGGGUGAGCCCGACAAGGCUUUCAAGAAAGCCAACCGCGAUCUCAUGCUGGCAGUGGACGCCAUGCUGGGCCAAAGCUCUUGCAUGAACAGCCCCAGCAAGUGCGCCUUCCGGUGCAUGUACGACUCGGAGAAGGACCGGUGCGGGCCUACGGGUUUCUGCCAGAAGCUGGACGCCACGGAUGGUCCCAGCGUCCUGGCGCCUUUCGGGCAGCAGCAGAAGUGCAAGGCGGUGGGCGCGGACUCGCACGAGGCGGCGGACGGGGUGCUGACGUUGCAGGUGGAGGCCAUGAAGACCAAGGCCUUGGACCUGUCCAAGCAGCUGGAGGAGAGCCCCGAGGUCACGAAGUCGUCAGCGUCCAAGUCAGCGAUGAAGCACACCGCGGACCUUUGGGAGGAGGCGACACAUCUCAUGAAUGUCUUGGAGACGAUGCCGGCGCGGUUAGGCCCAGACACAGGCAAGUUCCCCGCCGCCGGGGCUCGGGCGAGCGAGCCGGACUUCAAGACCUGGAAGCAUGGCGCCCAUCCCCUGACGCCGGCCCAAUACCAGGAGGCGCACAGUCAGUCUGUCAACGCCCUCCGCAGAUCGAACAGCCAUUCGGUGGUGGCCAAGCUCCACUCCGAGCUUGUGGACUUCAUGAUCAAGCGCCCCACCGUGCUCAUCGAAUCGGUAAAGGCGCAGAGCUCCAAGAAGUGCCAGCUCACUGACAAGGAUGCAGCUGGCAAGAAUCAAAUCUCCACGUUUGCAAAGUACUUCCUGAAGGCCCCGGGCUACAACCCCAGUGACCUGCAGAGGGCCCACGUGGACUUGCCGGAGCACUGUCAGGAGUACUUGGCCUCCGUGGAGCAGGUGGACCCUGAAGAAAUGGCGAGCACCAUCGAAGCAACCGAGGAGGCUGUGGAGAAUCCUGCUUCUCUGCUGCAGAUGAAGUCAAAGCACCUUCACAAUGCCUUGAGCCAAGACGAGGUGGGAAGCAGCUUCCUGCAGGGUGACGCGGAGGUGGACACUGAGAUCCUUGUCAUCUUUUUGACGAUCAUCCUGCUCAUUGUCUUCAUGAUCCUGUUUAUGUGUGCAGUUGUUGCCGCCGGGGAAAUGGCAAGGGACGGUAAUGUCGCCGGCUACUUCUUUUGUGCGCUCUUUGGGGGUCUCGCCACAGCGGGUUUCUUCAUGAUGGCCUGGCCCGUGGGGCUGGGUGUGCUUUUGUUUUCAAUUAUAGCCUUGGACAUGGCAAUAAGGGGCCCUCGUAAGAGCGGCUAUAUGCAGAAGGGGGUCCGGGACCACCGGCGCUUGUUGGACCUUGCUGCUACUGCCAUGUGA